CCACACAUUCCCGGCACACACACACACACACGUCGAGGCAAGGAGACGCCUGACAAACCCGCCCAGCUGUCGGCCACAAGCCAACACGUCGACGCGCAAACAUGCGAGAACGCGAGGCGAUCGUGUAUUUCAUUUGGGCCGUUUUCUUCCACCCGUGUCUGUCAUUUGCGCCCCACAGCCAAGCAGGUGGUCUUCCUCCACCGACGAACCUGUCGCACGUGUGGCUCGACUGGUUUACGGUGAACGUGUCUUGGUGGCGGCCCAGCCGAUUACCGGAGCGCUGCCGCAUACAGUACAGAUACGGGCCCGACAAUUCCAGCACAGAGUGGACACAUUUUACAGAGACUCUUCUGACGGAUGAAGCUGGAUCUUCUGGCUGGAUCUUCACGGUCCAGACCGAAAGCGACUGCCAAGAGGGCCGGAGUGCGCCCGCGUCCAUCCUCGUCGACACCCCGAUACCUCGAGCUCAGCUGGUGACAGACUUCAAAUGUUUACUCAGAGCAGAAAAAACAACUUGUUCCUGGGUCCCGGUCGACCCCUCUGUUAACCUGACGCUGUCGUACAGGAUUUGUGGCCUCUCGGAAGAAACCAGACGAGGUUUGAAGGAGUGCAAGCGGCCUUAUCGCCAGGGGUUCCGGAACGGCUGCGACCUGACCCCUGAAUUCGUCAACGAAGACAUCUGCAUGCUCGUGAAAAGCGAAGCUUCGAUGAGCACGUUUAAACCGCAGCUAGCGGUUGACCUCCCGAGUCUGCGCGUCAGUGUGGAAGGUGACAAGUUCAACUUGAGCUGGACCCCCCCAGAGGUGGGAAAGCACUGCAGUUGGACCUACGAGUUGUGCUACAAGCAAUGCGAUGAACAAGAGAAAUGCCAAAGCUUCGUUCCGAACGGUGAGACGAUGCAGAUCGCCUACGAUAAAAGAUGCCGGUACGGGUUCCGUUACCGGGUCACAAGUGGCGGAUACUGCAAACGAGUGCAAAGUGACUUCAGUGCAGUGGAAUAUCAUGGAGUGAAUGCGCCUGCCAGGGUAUCGCCGACAACGGUGGCCGUCGCCAUCGCCGCCGUCCUGUCCGCCAUCGUCCUUUUGACCUGCUGUUGCUUCCGGAGGCACAGCGCCGUUUUCUGCCCCGUCAUACCCGAUCCAUCGGCAAUAUUGAAGGACAUGAUGAUCGGGAGCACAGAAAUGAAGUCUUCCACCAAUCUUUACACACCCGUGCCAGAACCCAUACAACCCUGCCAAGCUAUCGGCGCACGCAAACUCGUCAGCUUCACUCUUCACGCGGCCGUCACCCGCUCCGAGCCGAUAGAAGACACACCGUCGCAGGGUGAGACCCCCUGGUGACGAGCGGCUCGGAUGCUCCGAGGACGACAACAAGCAAAUGCACCUUAUCUUCCUUAAAGACGACUUCCAGACUGAGCUAACACAACGGCGGCGUUGUCCCAGUCCUCACUACUGCAAGCGGACGCGAAAAGCUGCUACGAGAGUUUACAUGUGGGGGAAACACACACAAAAAGGGAUCUUGAGAGAUUUUUUUUUCUGUCCAACUUUCACUUUCUUAUUGUUGUUGUUGUUCCGGACCGCGCUUGUAACGCAAAACACUCAUAUCGCAUGUCAGCUUCCCCCCCAAAAUGAUUUUUUAUAAGAUAAAUAGCCCUGUAAAAGAUUGUAUGAUAUAAAAGCAAAUAGUCACAACAUAAAUGAAUAGGAUGUAAAGAAUUGAACCGUUUUUGCCACAAUUCAAUGGACAUUGUGCUGCUCCUUCUGGUGCGCGCGCCUGGGCCACCUGUGAGCAGUAUAAGACAGACGCACUACAUGGAGCCCCUCAAAACUCCCCAAUGAGUCACAGUCAUUUUAGUGGUUCUUUGCAGAGGACAAAGAAGAUAUGUCUGUGAGGAUUUGAAUAGUCUGUCUACAUGUGUUGCUCCACCGAUUGUGUUCAAAUAGCCAUCGCUUUUAGGGCGAUAAUGUUCAUUAGCCCGUCUAUGGCAUUUUGCAAUGAUCGUUGCCAUGACGUAAACAGACUAUCGUCUCGUGUUAUAUAGCACAACUCUUCAAAAAGACCUCAAAUCAUAGCGCUGUACCCACGAAAUGACGGUCUGUCUUUGUAUAUCGAUGACACGAAGGCAUCAUUGCGCACGAGUCCAAAUAAACGCAGACGUAUAAAUGCUGACUCGCCACGACAGCAGCGGUUCGACCGCCGUCACCCCAGGACCUGCUUUUUCCUAUUGUGGCAGCACACUUUUAUAGGAGGUGAAGAAAGACAAAAGACAGUGUUUGAAAAAAAGCUUUUGAAAACAUAUGGAUUAUUAUAUUUCCAUUUCUAAUGAUGACAUGUUCAAACUCGAAGUGCGCCUUAUGAAGAAUGAGGAUCAACGUGACAACCGGAUGUCCCAAAUAAUUAAAAAAUAAUAACGUGGAAAUUACAGCCACAACAUUUCACUGAUUUUUUUCCUCUUACGAACAAUCAAGUUAAUUGUACGCCGUUCCUCCGCGCGAAACCUACUAUGUCGUCAUUUUCAAACCCAGGACUCCUCCUCGUUUUGUACAAGCCGUCCGCUCAGCGUUUGUUGUUUUUGGCACUGCGCUUCCGAAACAAGAAGAAGAAAGGAGACCGAGAGGAAAAAAAAAUGUAAAUAAUAAAAGCGAGGGUCCAUUUUCGCUUCCUUAUUCUCGACCAAUCCCACCGCACGCUCAAGCGUAAGGUGCCUUCAGCUCCACUCGGAAUUCCGAAAGACUGACUGUAUUAACUCAUUAAUAACGAACUAAAGUCAUUAACUCUAUCGCAGCUAACGCUAAUUUUACCCACGACUGUCCUUAAAGCCUCUUUGUACUCCGACAACGCCCGCAUUCCAUCACGUGACCGACGCAUUGGCCCGCACACGGCAAAAAUGUUCCAAUACAUUUUUUAUCCGAUUGCAUAAUAAUUAAUGAUUGAAGCUACAUGGGCAGUGCAGCACUUUAAAAAAAAAAACACCGACAACACUGGGCCCGUCUCCCAAGCCGUGCCUGUGCCUUGGCUUUCCUCGGAAGCAUCAACGCAGACGACACGGCGCUUCCUGAAAGCGUUCAAUGUCUUUGUCUGCGAUAGUCGGAAAAUCUGCAUUCUGAGGAUUUCAAAGAUCGACUCGGAGGACGUUUGUGAAAACUUUACUUUUGUCCCUAACGGUUUGCAGCUGAGCCUCCAACACAAGCAGGUCAGAAACUGAAUCGAUGCCGGAUAAUGUAAUCAAAUAGGAUGAUGAUGAUGAUGAUGAUGAUUAUUACGGUGACAGCAUCUGCCCUUGUAGUGACGUCACACUGCGUUACCUGAACGGCCGUGUUGAACUGGACUUCAUUUAUUGAUUGAUCGAUCGGUGGCUCCUCGCCCGCUCUGGCGACAAUUGGGACAAAAGGGGCUCUCAAGUGUGUCGUGCGGUGCCUCGGGUCCAGAGAGAGGAAGUCGACAGACAGAAAUAACACUUUUGGAGGCUCGUAGCUUUGCAAUCACUCCCAAACCACACCCUUGACGAGAAGAAAGCACACAAUCGCACAAGAGCGAAAUCACAAAAUCGUUCGUAGGGGCAGGGAGGGACGACGAAUGUGAAGGGGCCCCGACACGUCUCCUAAAACCUCCUGAAUACCAUUUUGGGAUGUGUCCCGCAAGCUUUGAGUUCGACAUCAGUGUAUGAAUGCGAUCAUUUGUUUCAUUUUGUAUCUCAUUUCCUUAAUCCCGUCCCCUCUCCUUUCGAGGCAAACUCUCUUGACCCUUGGGUGGCUGAGCGACUUUGAGCCGCAACUGUGGUGGGCGCACGAGCUUUUGCCGGCAAACUGCAAAUUUAAAGUGUCGCAGGGAACAACCGAAAAGAACCGCGAGGUAGAGAGAGGAAGUCAAGGAGAGAAUUUCAGUCGCCAAGUCGUUCGCUCACAAGACGAACUGGGGGGCAACGGGUGGCGCUAAAACGGGAAUCUGAAUUCAAAGGUUCCCACGUAUCAGUCGUGACGUACAGUACGACAGCUAAAGCUGUAACCCGAUGACGGUCGUCAAUGGAUUGUGUCGUCGUCGUCGUCGUUUCAGCUUCAUCAAACACCUCCGUCACUCCGCAACCUUGCAACGGAAGGGGGGGUCCCUGUUUUUCUCCGUUCAGACCACCCGGAACCACAAACCGAGCGAGCCCGCCUUCCUCAACGUCACAUAUAUCCAGCUAGAGCACGAGCUCGUCCGCGCUCAAUACGCAAAUAAAGUCAGCCGUCGGUCAAUCGCCUUCUAUUUUGGGUAGGACUUUUUUUCCCUCCUUGCUUAGUAAGCACGCUGCUUGAGCUACUACAGUGAAUCACAGCAGAACUAUUGAGGGCGUGAAGAACAACGCUAUCGUGGGAGACCUUCACCGGGGGCGUGUAUCUUCGUUGGCUUCAAAGGGAGGGGUUGGCCGCUUGAUGUGAAAACACUCAGUUAGUAUGUGGAGAGUAAAGAGACAGGAACGUUCUCACCUCCUUGUCUCGUUAUUUACCGCAUCUCCACAUUAUCAUGUUAAAUUGGUCUACGUUCUCGCGCGCAGUCUUCCCCCGUCAUAUCGGAGUUCAUCAUUCGUACGACACCUGCUCGAGUGAGUCUUAUUUGUUUUGCAUCACUGGACAGACGUGGGGCCAUUUGACAUCUUAGGCUUUGUCGUGUUUGGAAGCAGUUGACAUCGGAGCGGAGUCGCAAAUUCGCCGCCCUGCGUGAAGUUCUUCCGUCUUCUGCUCGAUGCCUUCGAACGCUCUUCGUCGGAACGGGUAAAGCUCCAUCACUGUCCGAAGGAUCCGCUGAAUUGAGCUUCUGUUGAUACGGAGUUCCGGCGCAGCCCUCCGGGUAGACUUUCCCUGGCUUUGCGCAAAUGCCUGCUCUAGAAGUUGGGUAUUUUCUCAGCGGUUGUUGGUAGCAGGCCUCCUGUCGAGAUGGCCAAGCGGCGGCCAUUGAACCGCAGUCGGGGACAGAAAAGCUUCUUCCCGCGCGGCAAUUUUGGUCUGGAAGGUCUCCCACACGGUUCCCCGUCUGUGGAAGGUGAGUGAAUGAGCUGGAAGACACACCCUCCCACGUCAGGGCGUCCUUGCAAAUUCUAUCCGAGCUGGAUUCCUCCGGAUGUCUUCGAGCCGCAUCACUGGACGUUCAUCGUAAAUUACACCGAGUGUAAUGACGUAAAGGUAAAGAUGCAGAAGGAUUUGCGAUUGGGACGCUGCGUCUGACGCCGUCGUCCAAAAAGUUCAAAUGCCGUCACAGCCCGACAGGAAAAAGAGGCCCGAGCCCGAGCGGCUGCGGUCUCGCGGCGAGCGCGGACUUUAUUCACAAAAUCAUGUUGCGGGACAACCGCUUUUCUUUGGAUAGGCCGAUUUCUAUUCGGUCUCCACUUCUUUAACGGUCUCGUAAUUGUCUUGCUGUGCGUGUGUGUCACUUGUUUUAACUGCCAUCUUGUGACUUUUGUUGUCUUGUUUCUCUUUAAUGUUAACACAAUUCUUGAGGUUCAACUGAGAUUCAAUUGAUUGUACUGGAAGCCAGGGUUCUUGUGGCCUUGUUUAAAAAUAAAUAAAGACAUAAAUAAAUAAAUAAAAACUAA